AUGUUCAUGGUUGCCGAAGAUCGAAUUGGACGAUUUUUCAAAGUGCCACAGAUGUUGGAUUUCAAUGCAGCAAACAGAAGUGUCUGCGUGGAUUUAUCACACAAAAGAAAAACAAUAAACUGCAAAAAACCGACCGGAUUUAAAGCCAUAACGACAGUGUCGGAUUCACCAUUUGAUGAUCUUAUCAUUGACAAUGUCCAGUCAAAUUUUCUCAGCUGCAGCGGAGGAUUUGAUCGUCUGCGCGGAGGCAAAGCAAGUGACACCUACGUUGUUAAAAGAACUUUUCCAGAUUAUUGCUCAGUUCGGUGA